ACUAUCUCGUAUUCUCGUGUAUUUGGGUAGUGGAGGUUUUCUAAACCAUUAAAUCAUUUUGUUAAUGAAAUCCUUUAAAAAUCAUAGUGAUAAUUCGAAAGUUGCCAACGUGUUUCGUGCUAAUACAGUGUAAAAUUAAUUUAACAUCUAAUUCAAUCCGUGGUCAUUUUUGCGUUUCAAGAUUGGUCGACAAAAAGCUCGUGUUUUCCACUCCAACAGCAACAACUGAUUCUAGACUUGUAAAUCAAAAUAGUGUUAACGCCAUCAUGUCAAGCCAAAUCUUGACCACCGAAAACAAUAAAGAAAACGUGCCUGAAAAUGAAGAAAAGAAAAUUCCUAUAUUUUCUGUAGAGAUAUUAAAGAUUAUUAAAGAAGCUCAGCAGCAACAUGGCUUGAGGCAUAAUGAUUAUCAAAGAUAUAGAGGUUAUUGCUCCAGGCGUAUCAGACGCUUACGUAAAGUUAUGCAUUUACAACAAGGUGAUCGAAGACAUUUUCGUAAAAAAAAUAUCACAGAAGCUAAUCUUACUGAUGAAAGAGCGGUAUACAUUCCAUUGAUGUUAGCUGAGAGAGCUUGGAGUUAUGCAAUGCAGCUUCGAGUUGAAGCUAAUACUGAACCCAGAAAAAAAUUUCAUUUGGUGGGUAGAUUAAGAAAAGCUGCUAGUUACGCCUUACAACUUCAAAAACUUUGUGAGUCAGACAUAUUUGAUGCUCGUACUCAAUUAGAAACUCAAGCUUAUGUAGCAUGGUGUGAGGGAAUGUUGCAAUUUGAGUUACAAGAAUGGAAGCCAGCUAUUGAAAAUUUAAAAAAAGCCCAAAUGAUCUAUGAGAAAUUGGCAUCUGCUUUAAAUGAAGAAGAUGCUAUUAUAUAUAGAAAUCGUUAUGAAGAAUUGGAACCAAGCUUGCGCUUCUGUGCCUAUAACAUUGGCAAUGAAACUGAUGUUAAUCAAUUAUUACACUUACGUAAUCAAGCUCAAGGGGAUUUAUUAGUCACAUUAGAUACUUUAAUGGCACAGACUAGAGAUUCAUUAAGUGAAGUUACUUGGAGAAAUCGGACAGUGCCUGUUAAAAAUGCUCGUGUUAGAACUUUCUUACUUGCUAAUCGAGAUUUCAAUAUUUUGCUGGAUAAAUGCACAUCUUUAGCUGAAAAAAGUGAUUCAUUAGAACAACAUUUGAUGGAUUGCAAAGAUGCUAUGCUUGCAAUAAGGGAUGAUAUAAAAACCGAACAGAAAAUGGAUGGUUCUUCAACAUCUUCAUUACAAUAUCUUCAUACUUACUUGUCAUUUAUUCGUUUGGAAAGAACAAUACAGCGUAAUUUGUUAUUGAUUGAAAGUGCAUUAGAUAACGAUGGAAAACAAGGAACAAUUGGAAGCAAGAAACUACAAGAUAUAACUAGAUUGUAUGAGAUUUUGAUCCAGAAUAUUUUGGAGGAACAACAAUUACCUGGCUUAGAAGACGAUGCAGAAUUCCAAGAAAAUUUAAAUAUCAAGGCAAAAGCUUAUAAAGCAUUUAGAUGCUACUAUAUUGGUCAAAGUUUAAGUACUCUGCAUCGUUGGAGGGAUACCAUGGCUAUGUAUGAACGUGCAUUGCUUCAUGCAUCUUCUGCUAUUAAUGAAGUGGAUGAUGAUUUGAAGAUUCGUUUAAGUAAUUUGGUGAAUACAAUAGAGUCAUCUAAAUACUGUGCUCAUGCUCAAAGUGUUCUCGAACAAGAUAAUGAAGAGGAGUUAGAUAGCUUGAAGAAUGCUAAAUUGCAAAAACUACCUUUAACAAAACGUUUGGAAGAAUAUUACGAAGAUUCAAGUAUAUUGAGUAAAGAUCCUAAUAUAAUAAAAAUACCACCUGAAAUGGAAGAAAUACCAUGCAAGCCAUUAUUCUUUGAUGUUGUAUUAAAUGAUGUAAGACUCCCAGCUUUUAAAAAACAACAGGCUGUUUCUGAUCCAGCUAAUAAAGAAGGUAUUUCUGGGUUUGUUAAAGGUCUUUGGGGCUGGGGUGGAAAAAAAUAAAUAUGUAUGUAAAUUUCAACUUUUUUACCCUUAAAACAUGAAUAAAUAUUAUAUAUUAUUCAAACAAUUUAUCUUUUCAUUAUAAAUUAGAUAUAAGUUCAUAGGUGCAACUAGGGGGAAGGGCUAAGCUCUUCUAGUAUUUCUUCUAUUUCAAAAAACCAAUUUUAUUUCAACAAAUUAAUUUGUUGUUUUAAUUGCUAGGAGGAACUAGGUUCCUCCACCAUUUUUACCUUAACUGUGCCUAUGUAUAAACUGAUGGUUUUAAAAAAAAUAUAUAUAUAUAUAGUAUA